AUGGAUUUAAGCACGGGUUCAUCUAGUAUGAGUAGAUCUUCUGGAAUUCUGAAGAAGUGUGAUUGUGGAUUGCCAGCAAAGAUUUUCACAUCAAAGACUGAAAAAAAUCUUAGCAGAAGGUUUUUCGGAUGUCAAUUGUACAAGGAUGGUGGAACUGAGCACUGCAAAUACUUUAAGAGGUUUGAUCAAGAAGAGGUGAAAGGGUGGCCGCGAAACGCUUUAAUUCAAGCUGUAGCUGAAAAUCGUGAAAAGGAAAUAGUGAUAGAUCAACUCAAGAUAACAAUUGUGGAACUUCGUAGUGAUCUGGAGAAGCAUUUAGAAGAUUCGGGAAAGGUCCUCUAUAGGCAACGUUUGAUCAUCACAUCGUUAACUGGAUUGCUUGUAUGUGCUUUUGAUCAUCACAUCGUUAACUGGAUUGCUUGUAUGUGCCAUUGGAGCCAUUAUAUUUGGCUGAUGUGA